AUGUUUAGUUUCAUGUAAAUAGUCUAGCUAGUUGGCCUGGUGAGCCAAACUUUGUCCAUCAGCUCUCUUGAUAUUUGUAUUUGAUCAGUUUGUCUUAUGUUGUGUGUGACUAUGACCAGUCACGCAGAAUCAAUAGAUAUUAAUGCAUACGCUGUCUACUAGAAGAUCCCGACACUAAUUUCAUGUGAUCUAGGUCGAAUGUAAGAAUGCUAGCCAACCAAAUUCGCUAAAUGUGCACCAGCUAGCACCAGAUUUUGUUUUGUGUGAAGUGCACCUAGUAUAUAAUAGUAGAUUUGGUUAGCCUUUAGAGGUUAUUGCUAUAGAUGGAGAAAUUACGUGUUUCAGCAAAUGGAUUGAAGCCAACAUUAGUAAUGAUAGUAGUACAGAUGUCAUUUUCCGCGAUGAAUAUAUUCUACAAGUUGGCUGCAAUGGAUGGAAUGAACUUGAACAUAUUGGUUGCUUAUCGCUUCUUGUUUGCGGCUGCUUUUAUGCUUCCCCUUGCACUCUUCGUUGAAGGGAAUAAAUUGAUGAAGCUAACCUGGACAAUACUUUCCCAGACAUUUGUUUCUGGUUUAGUUGGAGCUUCACUAGCGCAAACUUUCUAUUUGCGGGGCUUGGCCAUGUCUUCAGCAACAUUUGCAAUGGCAACUACCAAUCUCGUUCCCGUCAUGACUUUUAUCUUGGCUGUUAGCCUCAGGUCGGAGAAGUUAGGCUGGGAUAGAGCGGCAGGGAAAGUAAAAGUGCUGGGAACAAUAGUUGGUGUAACUGGUGCAAUGAUCCUGACAUUCUAUAAAGGCCCUUGUAUAGAUAUCUGGAACACUCACAUUGACCUUCUUAAAAAUGGUAUUAGCCACGAAGAACAUCCUCGAUUAAUCCAAUUAUUGGGUAUUUUUUUGUGUUUUUGUGGUUCUUUUUGUUAUGCUCUCUGGUUGACUGUCCAGGCCAAGAUUACCAAGCGGUAUCCUUUUCCCUACACCAGCAUAGCCUUGAUGAAUGUAGUGGCUUCAGUUCAGUGCACAAUAUUUACGCUUUGCUUGGAGAGAGAUUGGAGUCAAUGGAAAUUAGGCUUCAACAUCAGGCUCUUCACUGCUGCUUAUUCCGGAAUAGGGGCUUCUGGAGUGGCAUUUACGAUGGCUGCUUGGUGUGUGCAAAUGAGAGGCCCUAUAUUUGUCUCGGCAUUUAAUCCUCUGACGGUUGUGGUAGGGGUCUUUGCUGCUUCUUUGCUGUUAGAUGAAAAGUUACACCUUGGAAGUGUGCUUGGAGGAGUGAUUAUAAUAUGCGGAUUAUAUGCUGUGCUCUGGGGCAAAAGUAAUGAAAUGAGAAAGGUUGAUCAGUUGCAUGCUUUGCCGGUGAAAAGCUGUAACAAUCAAACUAAACCGGUUACCGGUUGAUGAUUACAUAAUACAAUCUGCAUAUAUAAUACUGCUGCAAUGUUAUUGUAGCUGCCCUGUAUUAAGACUUAGUGAGAAAAUGUGACUAUCUUUCUAAAGUUUUCAGUCUAUAUUUUGCUAGUUACAUUUUCGGUUUCUAAUUCAUUAUGUUGUACCAGUGACGACCUUAGCAGAGAAAUAAUCAGUAAAUCAGGUUAGAUGAUCCUAUAAACUGUCAUUCUUCGUGGGCUGGAGGUACAUAAGAUAAAAAGAAUACGACGAUCUUUAAGGCAGCAGAGUCUUUAAGGGCGU